AUGCUGGGCUUGCGGGGUCGAGGGCUAGCCCCGGGCCUGCGGGCCGUAGCGCCGGCGUGGCUGCGGGGCCCGCGCGGGCUCUGUCCGCCCCCGGCGUGCACGGCAGCGGCGUCGGGCGUGCGGGACUGGCGGGAGCGGGCCCCGGGGGCGCCGCGCGGGCGCGCGCUCAGCCUGUCGGCCGCGGCCGUGGUGAACUCGGCGCCCCGCCCCCUGCAGCCCUACCUGCGCCUCAUGCGCCUGGACAAGCCCAUCGGAACCUGGCUGCUGUACUUGCCAUGCACCUGGAGCAUCGGUUUGGCUGCUGAAGCGGGCUGUUUUCCCGACUGGUACAUGCUGUCACUCUUCGGCACUGGAGCUGUUCUGAUGCGUGGAGCGGGCUGCACUAUUAAUGACAUGUGGGACCGUGACUUCGAUAAAAAGGUUACGAGAACAGCAAAUCGCCCAAUCGCCGCUGGAGACAUUUCAACCUUCCAGUCCUUCGUCUUCCUUGGGGGACAGCUGACCUUGGCCCUGGGAGUCCUCCUGUGUUUGAACUACUACAGUAUAGCCAUGGGUGCAGCAUCCUUACUUCUUGUCGUCACCUACCCACUGAUGAAAAGAAUCACGUUUUGGCCUCAGUUAGCCUUGGGGUUGACUUUUAACUGGGGUGCAUUACUUGGAUGGUCUGCUGUCAAGGGCUCCUGUGACCCAGCUGUGUGCCUGCCUCUUUACUUCUCGGGAGUUAUGUGGACGCUGAUAUACGAUACUAUCUAUGCCCAUCAGGACAAAAAAGACGACGCUCUGAUUGGCCUGAAGUCCACGGCACUGCUGUUUAGGGAGAACACCAGGAUGUGGCUCAGUGGCUUUGGGGUCGCCAUGCUGGGAGCGCUGAGCCUGGCAGGAGCCAACUGUGGUCAGACGCUGCCCUACUACGCUGCCGUGGCUGCCGUGGGAGCCCACCUGGCUCGUCAGAUCUACACUGUAGAUAUCCACAGACCCGAGGACUGCUGGGACAAAUUUGCCUCCAACCGCACAACAGGAGUACUCUUGUUUAUAGGGAUCGUCCUUGGGAAUUUGUGGAAAGAAAAGACCGGAGAAACAAAAAAACCUGAAGAUGUUAGAGUAGAAAAUUAACAGAUCAGCUAAACCUGGUGGUGCACUCAGGAAGCAGAGGCAGGAGAAUGUUGAGGUCAAGGCCGUUCAGUGACAUAGUGGGACCCUGUCUCGAAGAAGCAAAAUGUCGGCUUGGGUCGUAGCUCGGAGAUAGAGGGCAUGCUGAGCCAUUGUGCAGCAUGCCCAAGGCUCUGGGUUCCGUCCUAGCAAAUAGUCAUUUAGAAAACACUCAGGGCUCGAGACCACAGUGUUGGAUUUGUAUGAGCAAUCUGUUAAGGAAGCGUGUGAGCAGAGUGUUUGCUGGAUUUUAAUGCAGCUGUUAGCUAGCGAAUGCCUCCUGUCAUAGCAGCCAGGGACUCCUGGGGUUAGGGAGACCCCAGCUUAAACUGGGGCAGCCUUCUGUCCUGGUCGUUCUCGUCCGAAGUUCCAGGAACUUUAGGAAAAAUGUGAUGUGUAAUUCAUCAAAAUUAAUGGCUUUUAUGAAAAUGACCAUAUGCUUUAUUUCUUUCUGAGAAUCUCUUGUGAUAAGUUGGGGCAUAUUAUUUUUAUUGUGAUCUUUACUCAUUGCCAAAGCUGUAAUUCGAGAAGCCAUCUGGUUCUGGAUGUUUUAGAAGAAUGUAAGCAAAUAAAAUUAUUACCUAUUCUA